AUGAUCGACGUCCUCGCACCGAUCUUCUUGCUGGCGGCGCUGAUUGCCCUCAUCCACCGCACGGUCCAGCGCGCCUCCUCGGACCCCUCCCUCCGCAAAGGUCUCGCCCCGUCCCACCGCCUGUCACGCCCAGACUCUAGCCCAGGAUGGCACGUCGAGCGCAAGGGGACGACAAUAUCCUUAUGGACGGCGAGUCUGAAUGAGAUACCAGGCGCUAUAUUACAGAGAAGAGGGGCUCGGACACGGACAUUAUGGAGGACAGGAUAUGAUUUUGGGAUAUUAUUGGGAGUGGGAGGGAUGUUGGUGGGGCUCGGAGGCCUGAUGUGGAGUGCUGGGGCGGUAUGGAAAGAAGUGUGGAGGGAAGCAGAGCUACAUGCGAAGCUGAAGGAGGAUGCGUCGCAUGUCAUGAGAAGGAGUUUGGAGGAUCUGGAGCGGACGGCGGUGGGCGCUGGGGCAGCAGGCUCGAGUCCGGGGAUACAGCCUCUGAUACCAGGAGUGACGAUACCAUUAUCUCACUUUCCAACGGUAGCUCUUGCCUUGGUCGUCAACCAGCUCAUUCAUGAGCUCGGGCAUGCGAUCAGCGGAGCGAUAGAUGAUGUACAAAUGUCCCGGUUCUCCUUCAGCUUACAUGCCAUCUUCCCUUCAGCCAGUAUCACCUUCCCGUCCUCAUCCGACUCCAUGUCCACCCGCGCAAAGCUCCGCUUAGCAGCAUCCGGACCCUUUCACAAUCUCCUCACCUACGUCGGCCUCAUCCUUCUCGCCGGAACCGGUCUACCCCAUCUCUUCUGGACUGAUCAGUCCGAUAACGGCGUCAUGGUCUACUCGGUCCCGCCUUCUUCGCCCAUGUAUGGCCACAUCUCGGAAGGAGACAUGAUCACUCAUGUCGAUGACGUGUUCAUGGGGCAAGAUGAGGGGAUGUGGGAGCGGUAUAUGAGUGGAGACGAUAUUGGGGAUCUCGGGAGAGGAUGGUGUGUGGAUCGGGGCGUCUACAUGAGCUUGCAAAAUCCCCCAUGUCCCCCCAAUUCCGGUACAGUCGUCUUCGAACCCCUCGACCCGACCGCCGGAGCUCCACCCACUCCACGCGGCCAAGUCAAAUGCCUCCAGACUCAUCCUAUACUCCAAAUCCCCUCGGCGGUCUGCCCCUGUCCGUCCGCAAAGUGGAUAUGCGUUCAUCCGAAGCACGACGAGCAGAUCGUCCGGAUUCGUUUGGGGCGGGAGCGAGAGACGGCGGGUGGAGGGGAGGAUGGAGUGAUCUUGUUCUCGGGGGAUAGGCGGGAGGUCUUGGAGGGGAUCGAGGUGGGGCGGAUGAAGGCGAGGUUUCUUGGCGGGCUGAUCCGGUGGGAGACCAUGUUCUUGAAGUACAUGUCGACUGUAGCACUAUCACUAUUCAUAUUCAACCUUCUCCCCCUUCCCCAGGCAGACGGAUCCUCCCUCCUUCGCUCCCUCCUCGCCCUGAAAAAGUCAUCCCGGACGACUCUGGUCGGUAUCCCAACACUCCAAGCUACGCUUUCAUCCCCAAUGUCGUCAAAAGUCCCCUCGAUCAACCUGUCCAGGCAGUACGAUCUGAACAGCGAUGAUGAGGACGACUAUGAAGAGGAACGAGGGCGAGGGGGAAGGGAAGGAGAUAAGCGGGAAGAAGCUUGGAAGCGACGUGUAAGAAGAGGAGUCGAGGGGACUGUAUUGGGUUUAGGGGUGAUUUGGGCUGCGGGGUGGGGGAUGUUGAGUCUGUUGAAGAGUAGUUGA